AUGGCUCAAGUGACCGUGGCCGUAAACCAGGAGGAUCCUUUCCAAACGCCCUGUUGUCCACUAGGGCCCGUAGAUGAAGGGGAGUCGCAAGACCAGCAAAAUGAUGCUGAGGACUCUGAGGUAUCUGACGGGAGUGAAGAUGUUUCGACAAGGCGACAGCAGAUCGCUCAGGUCGUCAGGGAGGAUAUGGCAAAACUUGAUCGGAUAUUCAGAGAAAAGGGUAUGAAGUACCGAAUGAUAGAUCGCAUUGGGGAGGGGACUUUUUCCACCGUUUAUCAAGCUGAGGACUUGAUGUAUGAUCGCUUUAAGAACGACUGGGACGUACAACCUAAGGAGUCUUCUAAGUGGGCAUCGCCGCAAAAACCCAAACGGCGUUUCGUCGCUAUCAAAAAAAUCUAUGUCACAAGCAGUCCCAUAAGGAUUUUCAACGAAUUAGAACUGCUGCACAAUCUUCGAGGAAGCGCUUCAGUCUGCCCUUUGAUAACCGCGUUUCGGUAUCAGGACCAAGUUGUUGCUGUUCUGCCACAUUUCCGGCAUCAAGAUUUCCGCUUGUAUUACCGUCAAAUGAAGGUUGAAGAUAUAAAGAUCUACUUCAGAUCUUUAUUCGAGGCGUUAGCGUUUAUCCACAAAUCUAAGAUCAUCCAUCGAGAUAUCAAACCAACAAAUUUUCUAUAUGAUAUUGAAACAGAACAAGGAGUAUUAGUGGACUUCGGGCUGGCAGAGCGAGAAGGAAGCGACUCUAACCACUGUCUAUGUCAAGAUCAGUCGAGUACACGGAAAGCAAAAAUUCAAUCAAGUCGAGCGUUCACCCAUGCACAGCCGAACGGCUACCCCAAGGACGACCAGAGGCCACCAAGAAGAGCAAACCGUGCGGGGACUAGGGGAUUCCGGGCACCAGAAGUCUUAUUCAAAUGUACGGCGCAAACUACGAAGAUCGACAUUUGGUCUGCGGGCGUAAUACUUCUCACUAUUUUGGCCAGGCGCUUCCCAUUCUUCAAUUCUGCAGAUGACGUUGACGCAAUGAUUGAAAUGUCCACAAUCUUUGGACGCCAGCGAAUGAAGCAGUGCGCGCUGUUACAUGGCUCGAUGUACGAGUGUACCCUUCCAAGCGUGGGCGAGAAAGGCCACUCGCUCCCACAGGUCGUGCAGUGGUCAACGUCAGUCUACCGAGUAGAUGACGAUCGAGCUCUGGAACCGGAUGUCAGAGAGACAGUGAGAUUCUUGGAGCUACUGUUGGAAUUAGAUCCCCGGAGGAGAUUGUCCGCGAGAGCAGCGCUGUCACAUGAAUUCUUGAUGGAAGAUACCUAUGAAACAGAAGCUGACGAGAUGGAUGUUUUGUGA